GCCUUGCAUUCGAACGAAUAACUUAACUGCAGAGUCAGUCAACAACGAAGUUAAAUUCUUUUGUGAAAUUCUAAAUUUAAAAACAAAUCAACAACAAACAUGUCUUACGCUACACUCGUGAACACUUGCAACGCCAGCACUUUGGCUGAGCAAGGCAUCAACAAACCGAACUACACACCAAGGAAGGCGCUCAAGAAGGCAUUCAAACUAUUGAAACGCGUCUUCAAGCCAGCAACAGUCAACAAGGUAGAUUACAACAACAAUACAGAGCAGCAAAUCACGGUCACAAAACCUAAAGCAGUAACUGAGAAUCAAGCCGAAGCAUCUAAACUCAACGCUAGUAUCCUAACCACUUGCUCAACACUCAGCGCUGAAGAGUACGAGAAUGAACUGAACGAGUUAGCUGAAUUGGCAGCUAAAAGCAAAUUGAUCGCUGCUGAGUAAUCUGUUGUCGAAAACUACACUGCUUUAUUGACAAUCAAGGAUGUUCUCCAUAAAGUAUCCUACUGGCAAACCGCUAGUGCCUUCAAGGACUUGGUUCGUCCUUAAACCGCACCGCUUUCAUUAUCGCAACAAACGCUUUAUAUCGGAGCUUUAAUAGUUUAUAUAUCGCCAAGCGUAUAUACACGUACGUGUGUGAUGCAGUCGAACUGCCAAGCUUUGUUCUCGUUGUGCCUUCGCCCUUAAUCGUUCUACAUACUGCCGUAUGUAGGCUGGCUGACUAACAUAUCUUCGAUGAACGUCGGAAAGCUUUAAUUAUAGUAUAUCAUUUGUCUUCCAAUUAGUGU